GUUAAGGGUUUGGUCUCGCUCUGUUUUGCAGCUCUGACGUGUCUGUGCUCCGACUGCAAGCAAGCCAACUCCACCUGCGAGACGGACGGCGCCUGCAUGGUGUCUGUCUUCAACCUGGAUGGGGUGAAGCACCACGUGAGGACCUGCAUCCCCGAAGCCAAACUGAUCCCAGCUGGGAAACCCUUCUACUGCCUGAGCUCCGAGGAUCUGCGUAACACCCACUGCUGCUACUCUGAUUUCUGCAACAAGAUUGAUUUGAUGGUUCCCAGCGGACACCUGAAGGACAACGAGCCCCCAUCGAGCUGGGGCCCAGUGGAGCUGGUGGCAGUGAUUGCCGGGCCCGUCUUCCUCGUCUUCGUCGUCGUCAUCAUCGUUGUCUUCGUGUUUCAUCACCACCAGCGCGUCUAUCACAACCGGCAGCGGCUGGACAUGGAGGACCCCUCUUGUGAAAUGUGCCUGUCGAAGGACAAGACGCUGCAAGAUCUCGUCUACGAUCUCUCCACCUCUGGCUCUGGCUCAGGUUUGCCACUUUUUGUCCAGCGGACCGUGGCUCGGACGAUCGUCCUGCAGGAGAUCAUUGGGAAAGGCCGCUUUGGGGAGGUGUGGCGCGGCCGAUGGCGCGGAGGUGACGUGGCUGUGAAGAUCUUCUCUUCCCGUGAGGAACGCUCCUGGUUCAGGGAAGCAGAAAUCUACCAGACCGUUAUGCUGCGGCACGAGAACAUCCUGGGCUUCAUUGCUGCAGACAACAAAGACAACGGAACGUGGACGCAGCUGUGGCUCGUCUCCGAUUACCACGAGCACGGAUCUCUCUUCGACUACCUGAACCGCUACACGGUGACCAUAGAGGGGAUGAUCAAACUCGCUCUGUCUGCUGCCAGCGGGCUGGCCCACCUGCACAUGGAGAUCGUGGGAACUCAAGGAAAGCCUGGGAUCGCUCACAGAGACCUGAAAUCCAAGAACAUCUUGGUGAAGAAGAAUGGCACGUGUGCCAUCGCCGACCUGGGGCUCGCCGUGCGCCACGAUUCCGUCACAGACACCAUCGACAUCGCCCCGAACCAAAGGGUCGGAACCAAACGGUACGGGAGCACCGGUUCUGGGUCCUGAACCUUCCUGCUGUCU